UCAUUCAGUCUGUUACACCACCACCAGAAUCAUCGAUAAGCCAAACCAGCGCGAUCAAUAUACCAUUUUGCUUCCCAUCCAUCAGCAGCACUCUCAACACCAAGAAUGAAUUCAUAAUAUUGGGCAAAUUGUGUUCGCUCGUAGGAAAACAAAAAGGAAAAAUCCCAUUCUCUAUUUUUGGCUGGCGCAGAAAUAUAUAAUCGUCAUCCGUUACUAAAACAUCUCCGAUCGGUGCGGCGGCGUCGCGCUCAGGCAAGUGGUCAAGUCACAGUACCUACUGAGGCAGCAUGCAGUCUAAGCCACUGCAAGUUGCCGGCCAUAUCGAAUAGUCGAUCGAAUUGGUUGGUGAGAAGUGAAUUGUUAGUUUAUUUGAAUUGUGGUUUGUGAUUAAUUUGAAUGCAGAGUUAUGGCUCCAGUUACGAUAAUCGAAGAUGAUUGGAAUUUCACCACGACCGAGCUGCAAAACGUUGAUCUCGAUGUCUACGGCGAUAAUUUAUGGUUUAUUCUGGGUUGUUUGCUCGGAAUCGUUCUAAUGUCGACCGCGUUGGCUUUACACUUAAUCAUACCGAGUCUCCGGAAUGUCCGUGGCUACAAGAUAUGUUUCCUACUGUUCGGGAUGAUCUCGAUUUAUGUCGCCCAUUUGGUGAUGAAUAUUCGAACGACGUUGAUUGCGUGUCAAGCCCUGGGAUACUUCUACGCCUAUUCCGUGAUGUUCAGCGUGUUUUGGCUAAACGUGUUGUGCUUCGACUGCUUUGCAUUGUUCCGAAGCGGUGGGGGAAACAGUGCCGAGAAAAAUCGUUUCGCAUACACUUGCCUGUACGGCUGGGGAGGACCCGUGGCACUUGCCCUGUUCAGUGUGUACAUGGAACGAGCUACGACGAUCGACCCGAAGUUUAAACCCAACUUCAGCACUUGGUCGUGUGUUUACCACAGAAAUUCAACUGCCGAGUUCCUGUACUACUUCCUUCCACUGCUGAUACUGAUGAUCUCUGGGCUGUCGUUUCUCAUUGCGGGAGCAUUGAGGGCCAGAACCCUACGUCUGGUUCCAAGGAACGUUGUACGAUUCGACCGAAGUAGCGACCACAGGAGAUUUUCAUUUGCAUUUCAAUUGUUCCUGGUUGUUACCGUAGCCUGUGUUCUAGAUAUCUCUUCAUCGGUAUGGUAUGAAAUACCCUGGAUAUAUUGGAUUUCCAGUGUCUAUGUUUACGUGUUGGCGAUCCUGAUAUUUUUAAUUUGUGUAUGCAACUCGGAAGUGAAACAGUGGUUUGUUCAGAAGUGUUGCUAAUAAAUUGAGUUGUGUUGA